ACAACAGUAAUCACAUAGGCAGGGAAAAAAGACUAGGCAGUAGUAGGCCAAUCAGUCGUCAUAAGAGCGAGGCAUUGUGAGCAUUGUGGAGGACCUAAAUAGGACGUUGGAAAUUGAUAUCCCAGUGAUCAAGAAGAUUGGUACCCAUGAGUGUUCAAUUAAAGACGCCUGAGAUCCGUCCAAGUUUGUUGUGGUCUUGAAAGGCCGGAAUUCGAGGCUCUUGCUUUGUGACUCCAUGGUUGUUAUGGAGGACCCAGGUGCCUUGGCGGGAGGCACACCCUCUGCCACCCCAGUGCACCAUAGGGAAUCAACGUCGGCCCCAAGUGAUCCCUCGGGAAGUGCUCAUUUGAAUAAUGGAGCCAAUUCCGUGGCUCAUGGGAGCCGUUGGUAUGACAUCAAUACCAAUGGUCCCGACUCUCAUGCCGCAAUGGAGCAUCAACAAUAUUACCCACAAAAGAGCCCGUCAAACAACGUGAACAACACUUCAAAUAACACCAAUAGUCCAUUAUAUUAUCAAUCCCCGGGUGGUGGAGAUUAUGGUCGGGCCACUGAUUCAAGAUCACCGGGUCCGGCAUCGCUGCCCUCCAUCAUGUCAUCCACUUCUUCACCCUCACUUAUCCCAUCGACAGUGGCAUCAUUCUACUCCCCGAUUACCUCAAUGUGGGGAUCCACUUUUGCGUCCUCCACGCCAUCUGGCUCAACUAGUACAAAUCACAAAUCAUAUCCCAUCUCCCUCCCUUCAAACUCAAAUUUUGCCUAUCCGCCCACGCCCCCCAUCGAUAUGAAAUUAGAAGCCUCGGCAGCCUCAGUUGCCGCUUUGGCGGCCGGAGGUGGGGCGCAUUCCAAUGGAGUAGACACCUAUCAUCCUGCUCUCCAUGAUGAUUUCCAUGGCCUAUCGAUUCCUGGCGUGAGCAAUCUUCAAGGUCCUAAGCAUUCCCAAGACCAUUUAAUGAGCUCCUUGGGGUUUUCGUCAUAUCCAGUCAUCUCCGGUGGGAAGAAGUUCCAAGAAGGUAUGAACUCCCCGUUGUCCCAUUCGAAUGCGACCGGUGACUUGUCCGGUCUUAGUAGUGUCAUGUCUGGCCUUCCUCUUGAGUCCUCCCAUCAAUCAGGAGGCGGGACAAGUAAUGGGCACCACCCAUCAGCAUCAUAUGUUUACCCUUACAUACCAACAUCACAUGGGACGAGUGAUCUCACCUCGCCAUUUUACGGCUCAUACUCGGCCAAGACAUUGCAGCCUUCAAGACCCAGGUCAAAAAUUAGAGCAAAUGCGGAGGGCCGAGAAUGUGUGAAUUGCGGUGCCACGUCCACGCCCCUAUGGAGGCGUGACGGAAACGGUCAUUACUUGUGCAAUGCCUGUGGUCUUUAUUAUAAAAUGAACGGCCAGAACCGUCCUCUAAUCAAGCCAAAGCGACGAUUGUCAUCUGCGCGUCGGGAAGGGACGAUAUGCGCUAAUUGCAAGACAACAAACACAACCCUCUGGAGGCGGAAUCAGAAUAGCGAACCAGUUUGCAAUGCCUGUGGCCUUUACUAUAAGCUUCACAACGUUCCUCGGCCUCUGACGAUGAAGAAGGACGGGAUCCAAACUCGGAAUCGGAAACUCUCGGCCAAGUCCAAAAAGAAACGCGGCACCGUGGAUGACUUCUUUAAGCCCAACCAGUUCUCGGCUUACGGGUCGUCAUCCUACUUCUCUAGUCCCAUGUCGCAAUAUUAUGGCAUGGGUCAGAUGAGUGCCGCCGCUCAGUUCUCCUCGCCCAUGGCUGCAGCCGCAGGAAUGUAUUCCACGGGCUCGGCCGCCGCAGCAGCCGCAGGCCUGGCGGCCUCUUUUCAACCUUCAGUGAGUGGUCAGUCGAUAUUCGGAUCAUCUGGCGCAACCUCCGCAGCUGCAUUUGCCCUCUGAGUCAAUCUCUCAAAUCAGUGAUAGUUGAACGAAUCGGAAACAAAAGUGAUGAAACAAGAUCACCCAAAGGAUACUCACCCCAGCCUAUCAAUAGUUGGAUGCCCCUCGAUAGAUGUGAUGUGAUUUCAUCCCAGUCAAAAAGAGGCCUUGGGGUCACAAAAACAUGUCCUACAAAUCACGUGUCUCAAAAUCCCAUAACCCUGGAAUGAAUGAAGACAGGUUUUUUUACCUUGCUCUUGCUUGCUCCACAUUCUCAUACCCUCACAGUUACUACACAACUACUACUUCUACUACUACUCCAAAUUCCACUACAAACUACUCCCCAAGCCAUAAUAUUAUCAUUGAGAUAAUUCAAGGUGGUGCUACCAAAUGUAGGUCUCUCCAUGUUGAUAAUAAUGAACCAGACUAUCAGUGAGCCAGGGAUCCUUAUCACCCGCCUCCCCACACAUACUCAAACCAAGUACAGGCGGACCCUCCCGCCCAUCUUCGGUGAUGUCUUCUUGCGGUUUUCGUCAGCUGUUUUUUUCUCCCAGUGUUGAUUGUCUUUGAGAAGUUUGACUUUAUUUCUCUGUGGUGACUUCAUCUAAUGGAUUGGAGAACAAGUCUGAGACAGAGACGGAGAGAGGACUACAGUUAAAAAGGUGAACUCUGAAAACUCGUGAAAGUUUGACGUCAAAAUUAGCCCCGUUUUUUGAAAAUGUCUUGCCCAUCAGCAAGAUUUAGUGCUCCUCAUUAAAUAUUGUUUUCACUUUCACCUGAUGAUUACACAAUUUAUUAUGUUA